AUGACAGACAUCAAGGAAUCGCAUCUGCAUACCAGUUCCAGUCACUUGGAAAUGAUGCCUGAAAUUGAUGAUGCCCCUUUAGCGCAUGCCGUGGAAGACACGGAUCCUAACAACCCACAGCCCAUCAUCAAAGAAUUUCAAGUCACUCAAACUCAGGCCGGAGAACUAGUUUGCUUCAACGUCUUCCUAUUUGGCAUGGGGAAUAUAUUCUGGGUACCACUCAUGCGUGUCAUCGGAAAACGUCCAGUGUAUUUGCUUGCCAUGCUCGGUCUGUCCAUGAUGAAUGUAUGGUCUAGUUGCGCCACCAGCUACAAGGAAUUACUUGCCUCGCGGAUUCUUUCUGGGUUUGUGGCAGCUGCAGCUGAUGCUACUGUUCCCGCUGUGGUGGCUGAUAUGGUAGCACCUCAAGAUCGGGGGCACUAUAUGAUGUUCUUCCACCUUGCUAUGACCGCAGGGCUAUUCUUGGGUCCCUUGAUCAAUGCCUACUUGGUACAACAACAGGACUGGCGAUGGAUGUGUUAUUUUCUCGCUAUCGCAGUUGCUGUUGUAUUUAUCAUUGCCAUCUUUACAAUCCGGGAGACCUCAUAUCACAAGCGACAGUCCGCCACAUCGGGAAUUGUCACAAAGCGGUCUCAAUGGCAGUGGAUGUCUGUCACGGCCGGUUAUAAUCGAAACGCAUCAUUUAUGCAACCACUUGUGGAUAUUUUGGCCAAUGCCGCUUACCCACCGUUGAUCUGGUGCUCGUUCACCAUUGGCAUAUCUGUCGGUUGGAACAUUGUUGUUCAGCUGAUGUCAUCUCGAACGUUCACCAAGCCUCCUUACAACUGGCAACUAGGCGAUUUGGGCCUGUUAUCCACCGCAGGCUUCAUUGGCUCUGUCCUCGCGUUUUAUCUAGGUGGGCGACUGAUUGAUAUCAUUUCCACACGAAGUACUGCUCGGCACGGGGGCGUGCGCAAACCGGAAUAUCGACUGCCGGCCAUUUUGAUUCCGGGUGUGAUUGGACCGGCAGGAAUUCUGAUUUUUGGGCUCUGCAUCGCCCACAAAACCCACUGGAUUGGCCCUGCUGUUGGCAAUGGUAUGCAGGCCUUCGGCGUUGCCGCUAUCAGCAACGUUGCAGUGACGUAUUCACUGGAUUCAUAUAAACCUGUGAAGCGUUGGUAA